AUGAAUAGAAAAGUAAUUUUAUGUUGCCGGUCAAUAAAUAUACUUAGAAAUUUAUCAACAAAUGCAAAAAGUGAUAUUGCAAAUGCCAGUUAUUGUGCAAAUAAUGUGCAAAAAUAUGACAAUGAAAAUUUCCUUUGCUCAUUACUCAUCAAAAAGGGGCGAAGAGAAGCUUUAGCAAUAAAAGCUUUCAAUGUGGAAAUUGCGCGAGUUCCUACUGUGGUUUCAGAUCAAAAAAUUUCACUCAUGAGAUUGAAAUUCUGGGAAGAUUCGAUAGUUCAACUUUUUGAUAAGAAUUUACAGUCUCAAAAUCUUCCUGAGCAUCCUGUAAUAAGAGAACUUGAGUUGGUGCUGAAUGCAACGAAAUUGACAAAAAGAUAUUUUGAUCGUCUGAUCAAUGCUCGAAAAAUUCAAAAUUUAAACUUCAUAAGCACAAAACAAAUGGAAAAUUAUGCUGAAGAAUCCGUUUCAAGCGUCCAUUAUCUACUUUUAGAAUCAUUCAAUUGUCGAAAUGUUAAUGCUGAUCAUGCUGCGUCACAUUUAGGAAAGGCUCAGGGAAUAACGAACAUGUUAAGGUCGAUUUAUAAUCGCGGUCGAAGUCAGUACCUUCCGAUUCCUCAAGAAAUUCUCAUGCAGCAUGGAGUCAGUCAGGAAAGAUUCUUUAGAAGUAAACCAAACGAUAAAGGUGUUGAGGAUGUCGUCUUUGAUAUAGCAACACUUGCACAUCAACAUUUGGAGAAAUCUUUAGCUCUCAUGUCACAAGUUCCGAAAGAAUCGAAAGUUCUUUUCCUGCCAGCAGUCACAACGCGAAGAUAUCUUGAAAGACUACGUAAAGUAAACUUCAACUUGAGAGAUAAAAGUCUUGGUAUUAGAGAUAAUUUACUUCCUUUAGCUCUUUAUUGGAAUAAUUUCAAAGGUUUAAAAUAA